GAAAAAAAUAGCUUAGGUGGUUGGCCAAACAUCAAAGGACACACUUCUUUUCAACAAACAAGUAAAGUCUGCCAGUUUUGUUUCCUUGUAUUUUAUUUUGUAGUUGACACAAUGGCCAAAUUCUUUCUAGUUUUGGUUUCUUUUCUGGCAUUGUGGCAAGUGUCAUUUUCAGAUGAAUCUAAGACACCUGACGAGAUAGGUGAAUUCUGCACAUUAGGUCUGACUGUAUCCACCGAGAUCUCCAACAACGACAGUUUCAUCAUCCAGACGCCAAACUUUGGCAAUGGCAGCUACGCUGAGAAUUCGACCUGUAAUUUUGUCUUCAUCUCUGGCGACACACCUCUCAUCGUCAAAGUUAUUUUCAGGUCUUUGAGCCUUGAGAACGACACCUAUUGCUCCAGAGAUUACCUGUGUGUCUAUGGAGUCAGGUACUGCGGGCUGUGGGAUGAGGAAAGGGCGUAUGAAUACAUUCUUCCGGCCAGAAAUACGUUUACUAUCGGCUUUAAGACGGACGAAUCUUUUCAGGAAGCGGGCUCACAGCUCGAAAUUCAAGUCCGAGACUACGAAAACGAGACCCUGGAUAUCGCUGCCUCUGGUGUAGGUUCGAGUCCCGAGAACGUCAACACCACAUCCAUCACGCUGGACGAGCUGGUGUACGAGGACAGGUGCGAGGGUCUGCCGGACCUCCCUGAGGUUUUGGACGACGUGGAUUAUGACGAGUUUGACGAGGGCGAGGCCGAGAUUUCUACCCCGAUCCCAGACGAUAACGCCGUUCUUACCCCAAUCUCCAACCACGAUUCUGGUGACGGCCAAUCAGGUGACGUCAUUGCAACCACCGAGAAACCACGUGGCGACGAUGAUGAAUGGGGUUGGGACGAUGAUGAGGGCGCUGGUGUUGAACCCACCCCCGAGCCACUGGAGGAUGCCAAGAACCAUGUGAACCCCACCCCUGGCCCCCAUGACGACGAAUGGUAAAAUUCCGCCGUUAGGGCGAGAAUUGGACAAACUUAAAAAAAAAUAAAAAAAAUUAAAUACGG